UAAUUUUCGAGUUGAGCAACCAUUGUUGUCCGGUUUCGGUCCAUCUCCAUUCGGCAACUAGCGAAGAAAUUCGGAGCGGAUCCCUUCCCUAUUAGAUUUCUCCGUUAAACGGCAACAGCAACAACAUUCAAAAGGAAGCCACCACCAUCAUCUUUCUUCGUUGUCGUCAAAGUCGCCUCCUCCGCCGCUCUGCCACCGAUUGUGCAACAUUUUCUUUUUAACUAUUUUCUUGGCCACAAAACCAUUUUAAAUAAAAUCAUCAAGCUACGAAUCCUCGCAAAAACGAAUUUAUCAAUUUUUUUUUCUCGUAAAUUUUUCUUAAUCAAUCAGCGACAGCAGAAAAAAUGGUUAAAGAGAAGCCAAACUCAACUCGAAUCUACGAUAAGGAUGGAUUCCGAAGGCGUGCCGCAUGCAUAUGCGUUCGUUCCGACGCCGAAACGGAGGUCCUAUUGGUGACAUCCUCAAGGCGGCCCGAAAUGUGGAUUGUCCCAGGUGGUGGGGUUGAGCCCGAAGAAGAGCCAUCUGUAACUGCUGUCAGAGAAGUACUCGAAGAAGCUGGUGUUGUUGGAAAACUUGGUCGAUGUUUGGGUGUUUUCGAUAAUCGAGAUCACAUGCAUCGUACAGAAGUUUUUGUCAUGACCGUUACAAAAGAACUAGAAGAAUGGGAAGACUCGCGAAGCAUCGGCCGCAAACGUCAAUGGUUUUCGGUCGAUGAUGCAUUGGCUCAGCUUGCUUUGCAUAAACCAACACAACGGCACUAUCUACAACAAUUAAGGCAUUCGAAGAACUCAACAUCCUCACCUCCACCCUCUCCAACUACUGCGUGAAAUUAAAUGCCCAAAAAAAUACAAAAAUGAAUGAAAUAACUUACAAUACUUUAUUUUGUUUUUUUUUUUCUACUUUUUUUUUUUUGUUCAUAAAUAAGCUGACAAAAUUUCUUACACCGAAAAACAAAAAUAAUGGGCACGCGCGAACAAAACUGAAAAAAAAACUAAAAUAACUGAAAAAGCGAAAAUAAAUACAAAAAAAAAAAUAAUUACAACAAAUACUUAUUCUAGGCAAAAGCUAGUAUGCGAAAAAAAUAUUCUCAAUUUUCUACAACAAAGUCUAUAUAAAAAACAAAAAUACUAAAAAAUUCUUUGUUUAAUUUUUAACUUAUAUGAAUGUAUGCGGAUAUAAUUAUUAAAAAAAAAAAAAAAAAAAAACAAAAAAACACGAACACUUCCACUGAUAAAACAAAAUAAUUUAAAAAAAAUGAAACUCUAUCACUCACAUGUAACUUAACAAAUUAACACGUAAUUUUUAAAUUUAACAACUUUGUUUAGAUGAUUUUUUGUUUUUUUAAGCAAUUUUUUAAGCUAUAUUUUGGCCUUGGAAGUAAACGAGGUGUUUGUAUACCUCCCAUAUCCGAAAGAAAGUCAUUUUUUAAUAAUGUAUUGUAACAAAAACUCUUUAUGUCGAAAACAAAAUAAAGAGUAAUAAAUACAAUUGAAUGAACUUAUUUGUUAAGACUUCCUACAAUUGUUACCCCAAAACAAAAAAAAAAAAGAAACAAAAUCCACAAAAAAAAAAACAA